AGGGGGGUAUUAAAGUAGAACAGUAAUGCUCCCAGAUUUCAAUCUGCCGUCUGCUGUAUAGCCCACGGAAGGCAACGACAUGGGAAGCACCGGGAGGAUGCUCAACCUUUGGAACAGGAGGCAGAGCCUCUUCCCUAACUACAAAGUCACCGGGCCUAGUGCUGAACUUAGAAGACCCUCAGAAGACAGCACCCUUCCAUUCACCAAGGACAGCUGUAUAAAAGAGUGGAAUUCCAUGCAGGAACUGAGCAAGGACAUUUAUGACAUCUACUCUGAGUAUGAGGAUGAGGAAGAUGAGAAGCCUUUGGCUCUUCUUUCAAGGCUGGCUUCACCCACCAAGAAUUACAAUCUCAACAUCAAUGUUGGGGGGAAGUCCUAUCAGAUAGCUUACCGGUUGGCGGCCAGGUACCCCAAAACUAGGAUAGGGCGGCUUGCCACCUAUACAGACCACAACAAGAAACUGGACCUGUGUGACGAUUACCAAGUCAAGAAAAAUGAGUACUUCUUCGACAGGGACCCAGAGAUUUUCAACAACAUCUUCACCUUCUACAGAACUGGGGUGCUGUGGAUAAAAGAUGAGCUGUGUCCCAGAAACUUUCUGGAGGAGAUCAACUACUGGGGUGUGAGGAUCAAGAACACCCACCGCUGCUGCCGGAUUUCCUUUGAGGAGCGACAGGACGAAAUAAACGAGCAGCUGAACAUCCAGAGAGAGCUGGAGGCCGAGGUGGAGAUCGAGGAGAAUGAGGAGCUGUUUCAGGACAUGUUCAUGGGCCAUAACCGCAGAGUGAUCUGGAACCUAAUGGAAAAACCUUUCUCAUCUGUCCCUGCCAAGCUCAUGGCCUUGGUCUCCAGCCUGUUUGUCCUGGUAUCCCUGGUGGCAAUGACACUCAACACAGUAGAGGAUAUGCAGUACAAGACUCCCUCUGGCCAAUUGAGCGGGAAGACCUACUGUGAAUUUGUGGAGUCUCUGUGCAUUGCUUUUUUCACCAUGGAGUAUCUGCUCAGGCUGGUGUCCACACCUGACCUCCAGACGUUCGCCAGGAGCAUGCUCAACACGGUGGACCUGAUCGCUAUUCUACCUCAGUACCUGCAGCUGGCUUUGGAGUGCUUUGAAAACAAUGACUAUGUGAAGCACGAACACGACAUGAGGACAGUUGGGCAGGUGGGGAAGCUGGGCCAGGUGUUGCGGAUUAUGCGGCUGAUGCGUAUAUUUCGUAUCUUGAAGCUGGCGCGCCACUCCACCGGACUGAGGGCGUUUGGCUUCACACUCCGCCAGUGCUACCAGCAGGUGGGCUGCCUCUUCCUCUUCAUUGCCAUGGGAAUCUUCGCCUUCUCUGCCAUGGUCUACACUGUGGAGCAUGACGUGCCCCAAACCAACUUCACAAGCAUCCCCCAUGCAUGGUGGUGGGCUGCUGUCAGCAUCUCCACCGUGGGCUAUGGAGACAUGUAUCCAGAGACCAUCCUGGGGCGUCUCUUUGCUUUCUUCUGUAUUUCCUUUGGAAUCAUACUGAACGGACUACCCAUCUCCAUCCUCUUCAACAAGUUCUCAGACUACUACGCCAAACUGAAAUCCCACGAGUACACCGCAAACAUGAAGAACCGGGGGAAAAUUAGGUUUGCCAAAAGGACAGCAAUGAAGAUCUCACUUUGUUGUGGAGUUGGACACACUACAUGAUGCUACAGCUAACUGUUUAGGACUUUGUAAGACACAAUAUCUGCCUGAUCUUUCUUACAUUGGCAACAUAUAUAGUAUCGGGUUGAAUAAAGUAAUGUUAACUUUGAAAUUGCUGAAAACCCAUUUGUCUUACCCAUCAGAUAUGCUUCCCCAGGGGUGGAAAUGGGAGGGAGUCUGGGGGAAGGGGGUUCUGGACGUGAAAACAUUUUGCGAUGUAAAAUUUUGCAUUUUACAUUGGAGGAAUACAGGAGUGAUUUUCUUUCUCCAUUUCUACCCCUGCACUUCACACAUAUUACCAAAUGAGAGUGCUUCUCCCCCAAAAGGUAGGCCUGUUAACAAUACCAUAUAGACAGUGCAUUGUCAUAAAGAGCUCCACAGCUAUGGAGCAACUUGCCCUGUCAGGUCAAGUUGAUUCUAUUUGCUCCUUUUUUAUAUAUAUUUUUAUGCAUUUAAUGAUUGAAACACUUUCUACUUUGCUUAAUGUCCUUUAUGUCACAUGCUGCUUCUCAGUUUUAAUUUGUAUUUUUUGAACACUUGAAUAACAUGGAGCUUUAAUGAGAUUUGAUUUUGCAAUCAUAUCUUGUACGCUCAAUAAAGAGAAAUAAUGCUACAUGA